AUGGACCCGACUCUGAUGCCAGACAUAGCGGCGCCAAUGCCAGGCGACCCUAUUGGCUGGCUGGAGAAGAUUAUUGUGUUUCCAGACGGCGUGUCGCUACUGCGACUGCACCCACUCUCCGACUACCGGCGAGGCGAGGAAGAAGCCAGAAUUCUGUAUCUUUGCCGCAAGUUCACGGGCAUACAAAACGACCCUGGUGGAUAUGCGUUUGUGAUGAAGAUCAAGGUACAGGUGCCGAAGUCUGAAGGUGGCAAGGCCGAUCCCUUAGAUGGUCCAAGCGACAGGUCGAUGGCCGAAAUGCAGGCUAUGAUGAAGUUUCGAGAUGCGGACCUUGACUGUACACCUGAUCUACGUUGGACGCUGCAACAAGCACAGCCUGGGGACGGACCCGUGCCUGGUGGCUAUGUCACUGUCAUCGUCAUGAACCAGAUGCCUGGAUCGUCUCUCGAAGAGCUGAAGUUCUGGUCGUUGAAGGAGGAAGAGCAAAACAUGAUUCGCGAGAAGUUCAGCAACAACUUGAGGUCGGUAUGGAAAUGCGGAAUCGUCCCCACUGACUGCAGCAUGCGGAACAUAUUCUGGGACGCCAAGGCACAAAAAUGCUCCAUCAUCGGCUUCGAGCGCCACCGCGCAAUGUCCCCAAACGUAUCACAAAUAGACGAAGCCGCGAUCCGAGGAGAGCUACCGCAAUGGGGUCUCGUAUAA